AUGCCUGCGAGCGGGCUUUUCUUUGCGUUUCGCGCUGCUGGCCGCAGGCGUGGCAAGUGCUGUGACUGGAUCCUUAGACCUGAAACCUACGUCGGCGUGGCACCAGUGUUGAUGUGUCAAAAGUACAAGACCAGCGGCUGGUGCUUUCAGGUCUUCAUGUUGGGUCAUUUUGUAGACUACCUACCCCUCUACUCAUCUUUCGACUUGACCCGUGCGGGCGAUGAAAGCCCAUGGCACAAUGUGGCGAAAGCACUCCUUGCCUUCGCCCUGGGUAUGCUUUGCCAGCUCCUAAUCCAAGGAUUCCUGCCAGGCCUCCGCCCAGCCGCCAAGGUUGUGGAGGAGGAAGAGGAGGAGGCGUCCGACAACGACGUCAGCCCGUACAGUGCCGAGUUCUGGGAUGAUCUGGGGCCACUUUCCACCAACGAAGAGACGACGGACGUCACCAAGGACCUGAUCGACGUGGUCUUCCUGCGCCGAGGACGCAACUGA